AGUACACUUAACCAAAAUUUGGACGAAGAAUACACUUAUAGAAGAGAUUUAUAUGCAAGAACUUAUAUAUUAUUAGGCAGUUGUGAACAACAAAAUAAUUAGGAUAUUGUAUUAAUAAAAGUUGAUGUACUUAUACUUGAAGAUUGAAAAAAAUUAUAUGGAUCUAAUUUUGGAAAGGGAACCAAACGAAAAAAUCGUUCUAUAAAUAAUGUAGGAGGUUGUAAACAAGCUAGGAAAAUUAAAUCUUCUCAGUACACUGGAAUAGAUUCACAUUUUGUUAAAUGAACAGCUGAUAAAAUAUAUUAUAUUAAUAAAGAUAGGCGUUCUAGGAAUAAUGAUAUAAAAUAUUUAGGAAAAUACAUUAAGAUGAUAAAUGAUUUGUUAUAUAUUUUUUCUUGUUUGUUUUUAGUAUUAGAAUUAGUGGUAUUUGCUUUAAGAAAAUUAAUUUAUUUGAAUUUUAUGUAUAAUACUUUUUUUUCAUUGAAGAAUUUUGUUCCAGAACUUAUGGUAUUCGUUAUUGUAGGGAUAAUACUUAAACCAAUGGUUAUUUUUAUAUACUGAAAUAUCGAAAAAUAUCGUAAAUUAAGGCAUAUAAAA